AUGCCGCCGCCGCCGCUGCCCGCCUGGCUCUGCCUGACCGCGCUGCUGCUCCUGUCCCCCCCGGGGGCUGCCCGUCCCUGUCCCCCUCCCUGCCGUUGUCCCCUGAGAGGUACCAUCCUCUGCCGGGAGCCCGGUACCGUCAGCAGGAUGGCCCCGCUGCUGGCAACCGGCGGCUUCACCGACGUUAUCCUGGUGGGAAAUCCCUUCAACUGCUCCUGCGGGAUCCGUUGGCUCCAGCUCUGGCACGAGGGGAACCGGGCUGAACUGGGCAACCAGUCGCUGGGCUGCUGGGAGGGCAACCUGCUGGUCCCCCUCGGUAGCCAACCCCUCCACGCCUGCGAGCCCCCGUCCGUCCGUAUCGAGCAGCCCGAGGUGGCCCUGCGGCAAGGAGACAACGUCAACCUCACUUGCCACCUCGCCGGCGAGCCCCCGGCCACCGGGGAGUGGGUGCUCCCCCCCGAGCUGGGACCCAAGGCGUCCGUCGUCACCAAGCUCUCAGACUGGGAGAUCCUCUUGGAGAUCACCAACGUCUCCUCCAACCUCAACCACAAAGACCUGACGUGCCGGGCGGAGAACGCGGUGGGGCCGGUGGAGGACAGCGUGACCCUCAACGUCACCUUCCCCCCCGUCAUCCUGCUCCUGCAAGAAGCCAUCCCCCAGCACUUCUGGUGCAUCCCCUUCUCGGUGGACGGCAACCCGGCCCCCAGCGUCCGGUGGCUCUUCAACGGCUCGGCGCUGGCCGAGGGCCAGUACAUCCACACCCGCAUCAUGGAGGACGAGCCCAACUCCACCGUCCUCCACGGCUGCCUCCACCUCAACCGCCCCACGCACGUCAACAACGGCAACUACACCCUCCUGGUCAGCAACCCCCUGGGAUCCGCCGCCCGCAGCGUCCAGGGGCGCUUCAUGGACAACCCCUUCAGCUUCAGCCCCGAGGAGCCCAUCCCCGUCUCUCUGUCCCCGUUGGGCACCAGGAACAUCUCGCUGGAGGGGCCGGUGGAGACGACGGAUGAUCACACCUUUGGGGUCUCGGUGGCCGUGGCCCUGGCCGUGUUCGCCUGCUUCUUCCUCUCCGUCAUGCUCAUUGUGCUCAACAAGUGCGGGCGCCGGUCCAAGUUCGGCAUCAACC